AUGUUUGAGUGUCUUCCACAAGAGUUAGUGGAGGAAAUCCUCCAUCGUUUACCACUCAAAAGCAUUGGUAAAUGCAUGUCAGUGUGCAAAUCAUGGAAUAUUAUGAUAAAAAGCCAUUCCUUUAUAUUCUCACACCUCUCUAGACCCUCCCUUCCUCUCUUCCUUGUCUCUGAUUUGUCCCUCUCAGAUCUUUGGACGGUGCAUUAUUCUCUUUACUCCCCAAAAAUCAAUAGAGUAAUCUUAUCCUUUGUUCCUGAUAGUAACAAACAUGUUUCCUUCAUAGGCUCCUCCAACGGCCUCGUUUGUCUGUCCAACAUUUACUAUAAUAUCAUCCUAUGGAACCCUGUCAUACGUAAACACCUCCAACUCCCAAAGCCACCUGAAACACCACAUUAUGAUAGUUUAAUGUUCUCUUACGGAUUUGGAUUUGAUUCCAAGAACAAUGAUUUUAAGGUUGUGAGACUCUAUUAUCCCAAAGGAAGAUUCAUUUAUCCUCCUAAGGUUGAGUUAUAUUCCCUCAAUGAAGGUGCAUGGAGGGACAUUAAUGCCUCACACAUCAAAUUAACUGUCAAAGAAUUUAAUCAACACACAUUUCUCAAUGGGAAUGUGCAUUGGCUUGCCACGCGCCGGCCUGCGCUUGAUCCUCUUCCGCGUAAUGAUUGCAUAUUGAUGUUUGAUAUGGUGGAGGAGAAGUUCAACACUAUGGAGCUUCCGGAGCAGCUGAAUAAUACUAUGAAUGCUAUGCCUUCUAGAAUAUUGUACAACAUUACUGUUAUUGAUGGUUGUUUCUCUCUUAUACAGUACUCAUUUCCUUUAUCUAAUAGCAAUGUCAUUAACAUAUGGAUGAGGACUCAUGAGUCUUGGAGUAAGAUUCACACUUUUUGCUUAAAGGAAAGGUUUCAGACGCUAUGGGGAGUGAGCACAAGGAGUGAGAUUUUAGUGUUCCCAUCAAAAACAUAUGGACUGUGUUCCUUUGAUCUCAAGAGCCAAGAGAUUAGGGAUAUUGGGAUCAAAUUUAAAGCAACAAAUGUAUGUUCUAGUGAUUUCAAGGCAAGCUUGGUUUUACUAGACAAAGAUAGCUAUGAUGCUCAUUCGGUGAGAGAUAAUGAAUCGUCUGCAAGGUGCAAGUGUUGGGGGCCAAACAGCAAGUUGAAAGAUGUUCAACAUGUCAGCAGCAGAGGGACUUUUCAGAGAGCUUGGUUUUACUUGACAAAGAAAGCAAUGUCGCUGUUUCAUUGUGAGGCCAAGAGGAUGAAUCACCUUGAAGGCGGAAGUUGA